CGCUCAGGCAUCUCUCAUCCCCAUGAUCUAUUGGACUCGCGUCUCUCGGUGGGCCGUCAGCGGUGCCGAUGUUGCUUGAGCUCGACAUUCCAACCGGCAUUGAGGCCCUCAUCAAUGUUCCCAUGUAGUUCCCAUCCCCCACCAAGCUCACUAUCUCCUCGCGCAAACCCCCACACCAUCUUGAGCCAACUCCCAACAAUGCCAAAGCUCAAUCAUCUCGUCCUCUCAAGUCAAUUUGUGAGCCUGGCCGAUCUGCAUGUCAGUCAAAGCUCCCUCACAGUCCUCGAUUUGCAAGCUUGCUGCGAAUUGGCGUCGUUGGAUGACAUUCCCUCGUAUCCCAAGCUCGAGAUUCUUCACGUCCCUCGAUCGAUUCGCAGAAUCAGCGGACUGGUCGACAAGCUUCCCUCUCUCAAGACACUGUAUUUGGAUUCAAGUAUGAGGCCAUUCAAUCGGUCCUUGUUGGAUGGUAUGUUUGGCCGAUAUGCUGACUCUUUCGGACUUCGAAAGAUAAUAUCAGGACUACCGAAGGGAUGUCGAGCUGUGUUCAACGAUUCGGUCGAGUACACUUUUGGCCGAUUCUCGAGGUAGCUCAGCAUGGAGCUGCUCAAUGUCAUGUGUUCAUUCUCCAGGUUUUACUCUCUAUGUUUUCC